AUGGCAAAAGGAAUGGAUCCAAAUAUAAGCAGAAGGGUUUGCAUUAAACCCCAGGAAGAAGGUCAACAUCAGCCAAAAAGUCAGUCUACUUUGAGGGUGCCUGGACACAAGCCUACAGACUGGGACAAAAGAUUUUUGUUGUGGGCAGGCCAUUUCAAAAAACCAGAGGAUAUACCAGAGACUGUCUCGAUUGAUACAAUCAGAGCAGCAAAGACCACACUGCGUGUGAAGUUCAGCUAUGUGAUGAUUGCCUUGACAAUAGUGGGAUGCAUAAUCAUGGUGAUUAGAGGGAAGCAGGCUGUAAAAAGACAUGAAACUCUUACAAGCAUAAACUUAGAAAAGAAAGCACUAUGGAGAGAGGAAGCUACUCAGAGCACAUCUGCUAAACCUUAGAGGAGGAAAGGAAGAGACCAGGA